CGCUUUGUUCUCAGGGCAAUACUGCGGGGGCGUUCUAAUAGGAUCCCACAACUUCUAAGAGGGAUCAGGUGCGUGUUUCGCUGCCCAGCUACUGCAACAAACACGCGGCCAACCAAUCGUGGGCCGAGAGAGCGCGCUGCAGGCUUGCUAGAGAAAAUUGAGAAGAUGAGGGCUGGUUGGGUCGCUGCAGCUUUACUACUGCUAGCCUGCAGUCUCCGGCAAGUUGUGAGGUUUGAGUUUUUCGCUGGAGAGGCAGAGGCAGACGAAGAUGAUCUUGAGAUCAAUGUGACUAUCACUAGAAGUGUGGCUACAGCAGAAGAAGUGUCCUUCACUCUCACUCCCACUGAGUAUGAUGCUUCGUUUGGCCUUCCUAUUCCUACCUUUGAUCCCAGAUCACCGAACCUUGCAACACACUAUGUGCCUGAUGUGAUAGAGUUCACCAUACCUCCUGGAGAUGGCCCAACAAUCAUUCCAGUACCCAUUAUUGAUGAUGACAUAGCAGAAGAUUCCGACCAAUAUUUCAUCGGAGUCCUGGGCUUCAGAGAAAAUCCAACUGGAGCAGUGCUGGGGAGAGAUGCUAUACUUUUGGAAAUCCAAGAAAACGACCAAGCAACUAUUGGAUUCCAGUUUCUCUUGAGUGUUGUUGACGAACAAGAUGUAGAUUUUACCCACAACCUCCUCGUGACUAGAGACUUGGACUCGGAGCAGAACUACUCCAUUGCUCUCAGUGGCUCACCUAAUACAGCUGAGGACGACGACUUCUUUGUGUCUGACGACACGUUCUAUUUCCCUCCGGACGUGUCCAGUAUCAACGUGUCAGUCACCAUUCGUGGAGACACGAGAAUUGAACUGGCAGAGACGUUUGACUUCCCACCACAUUGUUCACUGGACUACAUCUACGUACCAGCCCAGAGUACCUAUACUGUCCCUGAAGGAGAACAGAGGGAAGUCAGUUUUGUCCUGGAUAACCCACCACCUGAUGGAGUCUUUGAGUUUGACUACAAUGUUGUCCUCUCUACCACUGAUGGCUCUGCCACUGGAGACAUUGACUACAUGUCCAUAGUGGAUGAGGUGAUAGCAGCUAGUAUGAUGUCUGAUGGAGUGGUGUCAGUGAAUGUGAGUGUCUUCAGUGAUGGCAGAGUGGAGCUGGAGGAGACAUUCUCAGUGGUGGGGAGGGUCAUGGAGAGUGGCCUGAUCACUGAUGGAACUGGCAGGGAGUUCCCUGUGGUCUUCCAGAGCCCUCUCGACGUCUCCAUCGACAGUGAAAAUGUUGUAAGUCUGAGGUUCGCGGAUGUGGCAGUCACUGUCACAGAGGGUGGCUCACUGCUAGUGUGUCUGGAGCCAGUCAACACUGACGUUCUCGACGCAGAAUUCACUGUACAACUGUCUCUGCUGAGUGGAAGUGCCACGGGAGGUGUUGACUAUGUCUCGGAGGAUAUGACAGUGACCAUAGGACCAACUGGCUCAGGCUCACCAGAUACUGUGGUCUGUAUCACCAUUAACACUACCACUGAUACUGAUAUCGAGGGAGACGAGAGUUUAACAGUGAUAGGGACGGUCACCAAUAAUGCUGAUCUGGCAGAUUUCCCAGACGGAAACACGGUGUCUAUCACCAUUCAGGAUGCUAGUGUUGAACUGGGUGUGGAGCAGAUGGCGUAUGAAGUCUCGGAGGCAGACGGCUCUCUGGAAGUGUGUGCAGUUGUAAAUAAUGGAACUGUCGUUAACCCAGUCACCAUCUCUGUGUCUCUAUCUUCAGUCUCUGCUACUGAAGGAGAUGAUUACGUACUGGAGGACGAGGUAGUGACACUGGACGCUGGGUCAUCAAUGGGGUGUGCUACAAUUAGAAUAGUGCCCGAUGACCUCAUUGAAGGACCUGAGGACUUUAACGUGGAGAUAACCACAAACGAUGCGUUUGCUGUUAUAUCCAAUGACAUGGCACUUGUGACCAUCACUGGAGAGAUAGCGAUGAUAGGGUUUGAGCAGGCAAUGUAUUCAGUGAUGGAGGGAGAUCUUAAUCCAACAGUGGAUGUGUGUAUCACAGUCGGGAAUGGUCGAGUGGCCAACAGUUCACCCGUUCACAUCUGUCCUCCCCACAUCCACUGCCACAGUGGACCUCCUGUCAUCAUUGAAGCUGGUGAUAACAGCGGUUGCCUCCAGAUCUCCAUUAUUACCGAUGAAGUGGUGGAACAAGAGGAGGAGAUACGCCUUGCCAUCAAUACUAUGACCACUGACUUUGACACGUCUGGCUCCAUCACUGAAACUACUGUCGUCAUACUCAGGGACGGAGCUAUCACUAUUGGUUUCGAGAGUAUUGAGUACACAGUGGACGAGGGUGGCACACUGGAGGUAGUCGUGGUGAAAUCUGCUCCGUUCGACUCUGUCAUAGAAUUCGAGGUGGCAGGGGGAAACUUCUCUGCCGUCAGGGCUUUCUCGGAAGGAGCAUCCAGUCCCAACUCCAUAUCAAUAUCAUUCCAAAUCCCUGAUGACAUCAUUGCUCUGGAACCACCGGAAACGAUACUAUGUAUACUGACAGUUCUCGACCCAAAUCCACAGAUAUCUGUCGACCCAGACACUACCACUGUCACCAUAUUCGACAAUGAUUGUCCAGUGACUAUUGGAUUUGAUGAGGCAAACAUUAUUGUCAGUGAAGAUGGAGGAAAUAUUGAAGUAGCUGUCAGUUUACUGCAGCCAGUUGCAGCCCCAGUCUCUGUGGACUUCGACUACAUCUUUGAAACUGCAGGUUUCGACGAUUUUGUGAGAACUGGUCUGUCGAGGCUAACAUUCACUGCAAACGGAACACAGACAAUUCCGUUGGGGAUCCGUGAUGACAAUCUGGACGAGCUAGAGAUGGAAACCUUCUCCAUUACUCUGUUUAACCCUCUGCCUCCAGACUGUGUGACCAUCUCUCCCGACCUGGCCACCAUCACCAUCAUUGACGACGAUGAAAUCAUAACUGUGGGGUUUGAAGCUGAAACUCGCACAGUACAAGAAGAUGGUGGAAGUAUAUUUGUAGAUGUCACCAUAGCACAGGAGAUUUCUCAACCUGUCACUGUGGGCAUUGUGUUCAUGGAUGGAACUGCCAUUCAACGAUCAGAUUUCUUCAGAACUGGUCAGUCACAGCUGACAUUCACGACCAAUGGAACCCUGAGAAUCCUGGUGGGAAUCACUGACGACACUGAAGAUGAACCAGAUGAGACGUUCUCCAUAGCUCUAGUGAACCCUGUGUCAGGAGCCACUGUCAUUGUCUCCCCUGACACCAUCACCAUAACCAUCAUUGACAAUGAUGAACCACCUAAAGAAGCCAGAAUCCGUCUGGUGGAUCAGAGGAGUGGCCAAGAGACAGUGAAAUCAGGUCUGGUAGAGGUGUUGUGGGGCUCAGAGUGGAGGUCAGUGUGUGAUGAUUACUGGACAUAUGACGAUGCCAAUGUAGUCUGCCGACAACUUGGUUUCUUGGGAUUUGGUGCUACACCAAUUCUCAGGGGCUUCUUCAAUGCGAAUGAGCCCAGACGAUACUGGCUGGAUGAUGUUCAGUGCGAAGGAGAUGAGUCUUCUCUGUUUGAUUGUCCACACAGAGGUUUGGGGGUCCACAACUGUGGUCGAAGAGAGAGAGCUGGAGUACAGUGCCUCAAUGAGAGUGACAUUGAGAUACGUUUAGCAGAUGGUGGUGAAAUUUUUUAUCUAUCUGGUGCUGUUGAACUGUGGAUGGGUAAUGAGUGGAGGUCACUGUGUUGUAACCACUGGACUAGCGAGGAUGCCAAAGUAGCUUGCAGGGAACUUGGCCACUCCGCUGAUGGUGCCACAACUAUUGAGGUUAAAGCUGAGAAUGGUGCCAAGUACUGGCUGGAUCAUGUUAACUGUGAUGGAGAUGAAGAGAAUCUGUUUGCCUGUACUCACCUACAGUUCACGGACGAGGAUAAUGAGUCGAUGAUAGAGCUCGAGCAGGCAAUGUAUGCAGUGAUGGAGGGAGAUCCUACUCCAAGAGUGGAUGUGUGUGUCACAGUCAGGAAUGGUCGAGUGGCCAACAGUCUCACUGUUCUCAUCUCUGUCCUCCCCACAUCCACUGCCACAGAGGGGGAAGAUUACGAGCUGAGUGACCCGGCAGAGAUAGUCAUUCCAGCCAAUAUGGCCAGGGGCUGCCUCACAGUGACCAUCCUACAGUCAGCAGUAGUGGAGGGAGAGGAGGAAAUUAGACUGGCCAUUGACUCCACAGCUGUCAAUGCUACCGUAGUAGACGCUGAGACUACUAUUGUCAUUGCUCCAGAUGGGGUUGUGGUAGUUGGGUUCAGAGAUACCAGCCUCACUGCCUCUGAGAGAGAGACUGUGAGGUUUGUCGUCCAGAAAGUCGGUCUGUUUGACUCAGAAAUUGAGUUUCAACUGAGUGGAGAAGGGUUCAAUGGAGGAGAUCGUUUUAGUGCUGGUGGCUCAGACAGAGUCACCAAUCUCAACUUCUUUUACACUGCCCCCGACAAUGAUGUUGGUCUUGAGGAUGAUGUCACAAUCGUUACAAAUUUGACCUUAUUGACAAGCAGUCCUCAGAUAAUUACGUUUAACACUGUACUCUCUAUUGUUGUUCAGGAUAAUGACAGGCCAGUGACAGUGGAUUUUGAAGCAGAUGGUGUGACAGUUGAUGAGAAUGGUGGUGAUAUAAUGGUUCCAGUCAGUGUGGUUCAACAGAUAGCUACUAAUGCGUCAGUGGACGUGGAAGUUGUCAGUGGUACAGCUGUGGAACAAGAAGACUAUGUGAGGACCACUCUGUAUCAGCUCGAGUUCUCCUCCAACGGAACAGUUUUUGUGCCAGUUGGAAUACUGGAUGAUGGGACCAUUGAACUGACUGAGUCAUUCACAGUUGUUCUGUCCAACCCCCAGCCUGCUGGUGGAGUGGAACUGGGGAUCAGUGUUUUCACUGUCACCAUUUCUGAUGAUGACCUGCGUAUUGGUUUCGAGAGUAUUGAGUACACAGUGGAAGAGGGUGGCACACUGGAGGUAGUCGUGGUGAAAUCUGCUCCGUUCGACUCUGUCAUAGAAUUCGAGGUGGCAGGUGGAAACUUCUCUGCCAUCAAGGCUUUCCCGGAUGGAGCAUCUAGUCCCAACUCCAUAUCAAUAUCAUUCCAAAUCCCUGAUGAUGUCAUUGCUCUGGAACCACCGGAAACGAUAUCAUUUACACUGACAGUUCUCGACACAAAUCCACAGAUAUCUGUCGACCCAGACACUACCACUGUCACCAUACUCGACAAUGAUGUACUUGUGGGCUUCGAAGCUGACAUUCUCACGGUACCAGAGGAUGCUGGCAAUGUAUUCAUACCAGUCACCAUCAGUCAGGAAGUCCCUGAGCCUAUCACAGUCGACAUACUAUACCAGGAUGGAUCUGCCAUGGAACAAUCAGAUUUCUUCAUAACUGGUCCGUCAAGUCUUGCAUUUACAUCAAAUGGAACUCGGAAUAUUCUGAUUUCCAUUGCUGACGACACUGAAGAUGAACCAGACGAGACGUUCUCCAUAGUUCUAGUGAACCCUGUGUCGGGAGCCACUGUCAUUGUCUCCCCUGACACCAUCACCAUAACCAUCAUUGACAAUGAUGUCACUAUCGUUGACAGUGAUGAUGAAAUACCAACUGGAGAUAAAAAUCCGCCUGUGAUCAUCAUCAUAGUAACUGUUGUGAUAGCCGUGCUACUGAUUGCUGCAAUCAUCAUCAUUACAAUUCUCAUUGGAAUUAUGAGGCAGAGGAAGAAGAGGCAAAGUAAACUUACUCUCCCAACUCCAGAGCCCAUCUAUGAUGAUCCAGAUUCAUACUAUUCUUCUGUCCUUGACAAAACCCGAAAAUAAAGCAAGUACCGAGAUUUCAUUGCAGACACAGCCAGAGACAAGUAAAAAUUUAGCAAUUCCUAACAAACAGCAAGAAAGUGUUACUUCCCCUAUUGAGCAGCAAGAGAAUGUUGCCUAUGGUGCUCCUUCGAACCAGCAGCAGGAAAAUGUUACUUCCCCUAUUGAGCAGCAAGAGAAUGUUGCCUAUGGUGCUCUUUCGAAUCAGCAGCAGGAAAAUGUUACUUCGCCUAUUACGCAGCAAUUACCUGGUGAUCAGGCUGAGGAGCAAUGCUAAAGACUAUAUAUGAGAUUAAUAUGGAUUAUGUGAAUCAUACUGAGUAGCUUUAUACAUUAUAGCAGACUUUCUUCACCUUAUGGCAUGCAUUACUAUAUAGCUGUAAGGGUCUUAUUGUACCAGUCUCCGUGGACAUCGUCGUCAGCGAUGGCACGGCCCUCGAGGGAAAAGAUUUCACAAUGCCUCAAUCUCUGCACUUACGUUCAUCAAGAAGGGGAAAAGACAAUCUUUCUCUGUGACAAUUGAGGAUGACGGAGAAACAGAAGAGACGGAAACGCUUGUGCUUUCACUGAUAAGUUCCAACUCUUCCGUCUCUGUACUUGAAAAUUACAAUCACCGACAAUGAUGGUGAAGAGAGCAAUCUCCUACUUCUUCUACUCCUUUUAGUCGUUCUUAUAGUAGCCGCUGCUGUUGCUGUUGUUGUGACAAUCUCCUGUUACAAGAGGAAACAGCACAGAUCUCUAAAACCUCCGACACUGCAGUGCUCCAAUCAUCUGGGUGAUGGAAACGACUAUGAUAGUCCUCCCAAGGCUAGUGAAGGGUCAACUCCUCAAUCUAAUGAAAACAAAAACAGUGGUUUUGGUGGGAUGAUGGGAAUAGCGGUCCCAGUGCUUCUACCGUUAGAACACCGGAGGAAACCAAGUGUGAGUGUGCCACGUGGCACUACUGAGCGACAAUUUGACGAGCAAUCUACUAGUAGCUAUGCCUGAGCCAAAUGUUUCUAGGCCUCGGACGUACCGCAAACCAAGUGUUAGUGCACCAAGAAGUGCCACUGAGCCUCGACAUGGCCGAAAACCAAGUAUGACAUUACCAAGUAGUGUCGUCAAGCCAGAGCGUUACCCAAAACCAAUUGUGAGUGUGCCGAGUAGUACUUCCGUCACAAAAUCUGACAGGAACUCAAAGCAAACUGGGCCUCUAGCUUACCGCAAAGCUAGUGUGAGUGUACCUAGCAGUGAUAUUCAGCCUCGAUGCGACCGGAAACAAAGUGCAAGCACAUCAGAGAGUACCGCUGAACGAAAACGUGAGAGACAGUAUGAAAAUAUCGGAAUCUUCUUGAUGCCAAAACCUGGUCUAAGUGAUGAACCUGAAACGAAAGAGAACAUUGCAUACAGAUGCGUUGAGAUCCCCAGUUCCGAGUAUGCUGUACCACAGAUUCGACCACAGCAGCACCUCCAGAGGGCAAGGCACGCUCCUCCACGUCCCAGUGAAAUACAGGCUGUUGAGGCUUACGCUAUAUAUAAGCACUCUUUAAACUGUUACAAAAAGACCUAUCAGGCUACAAUGUUUGCUUUUUGUUCACUAUUUUAAUGUAAAAUUUUGGUGUUUAUGUGUGUUACUUUUUCAC